AUGUCUCAAAACGUUCUCCAUUUAGUAGUGCUAACACCAGAGCUUGAACAGACUCGGAUUUGCGAAACAACUCCAGCCGUUAGAGCCUUCAGUGGAUAUGUUGAUCUUCCUCCUAAUCUCAUUCCGGGCCAAAAUUAUCCUGUCCACUCUUUCUUCUGGUUUUUUGAGGCGCGCAUCAACCACCAUGAAAACGCGCCCCUCUCUAUUUGGCUACAAGGCGGUCCAGGUUCACCCUCAGUUGCAGCAGCAUUAGGUGAAAACGGUCCAUGCUCUGUCCUUUCUGACUCGAAAAAGACAAUACUGAACCCGUGGUCUUGGAAUAAUGACGCCAAUAUGCUAUAUCUAGAUCAACCGAUCCAGGUUGGCUUCUCAUAUGACUCGCUCAUUAACGGUACUAUUAACGAGCCGCAGUCGCCAUUCGCUGUUACACCAAAGAAUAUCUCUCUUGCGGACUUAUCACAAGACACACUAACCGCCGUUCCAGGGACAUUUGCGUCCCAGAAUGUCGCUUCUACAGCCAAUACAACCUUUAUUGCUGCACGAGCGAGCUGGUAUUUUCUGCAGACUUGGAUACAAGAGUUUCCUGAAUAUAAGCCAAAGAACAACCGUCUGAGCCUCUGGGGAGAGUCGUAUGGUGGCCACUAUGUUCCCACCUUGGCUGGCUAUAUUGGCUCUCAGAAUAAGCUCAUUGCUACCAAGAAUAUUACAACGACAGCUGCUGUUCCACUGCACAUCGAGGUUGUCGGUUUGGUCAAUGCUUGCAUAGAUAACAGUAUUCAAACGCCUCUAUACCCGGUCUUUGCAUACGAUAAUACCUACGGGCUGCAGGUCAUCAACAAUACCGAAUACCAGGACGCUCUGGACGCUGUGCCUCAGUGUCUCAACCUGACCGACACUUGUCGAAACCUGGCUGAGAAGCUGGACCCUGAGGGUUGGGGAAAUAAUAAGAGAGUUAACCAAGCCUGUGAGACUGCAUACAAGUUCUGUUUUGGACCGACGCUGCAGCCCUUUAACUCCAAAGGUCAUGACUUGUUUGACUUCACUCAGUUAGCGCCAGACUCGUUCCCGCCAAAGUUCGCCGCAGGUUAUCUGAACUCGCGCGAGGUGCAGCUCGCGCUAGGCGUGCCGCUUAAUUUCACAGGCCUCUCGACUGCUGUGGCCCAGGCAUUUGUAGAGACAGGCGACUUCAUCCGUGGGCAUAAUCUCGAGCUCCUUGGAGAUCUGCUUGAUAGCGGUGUCAGGGUCGCGCUUGUCUAUGGCGAUAGGGACUAUCAGUGCAACUGGCUCGGCGGUGAACAAAUUAGCUUGGCUAUCCAAUCAUCGUCAUCUGCGAGUUUCCGCGCCGCUGGAUAUGCCAGCAUUAGCACCAAUGGCAGCUACAUAGGCGGCGUAGUGCGCCAGCACGGCAACCUGUCGUUUUCGCGGGUCUUUGAUGCAGGGCACCAGGUCCCGUACUACCAGCCCGAGACGGCCUACCGUAUCUUCUCCCGCGCUAUGGCUGGCGCCGACAUCGCGACGGGACAGAUUCUUACUGAGGCCGACUACUCUACCGCAGGACCUAGCAGCAGUUUCUGCAUUAAAAAUACAGUACCACAGCCGCCAAAGCCGCUGUGCUAUACAUGGGAUAUUAUGGAAACAUGCACGCCACCUCAAGCAGCGUUAUUGGCUAAUGGGACAGCUAUUGUACGAGACUUCAUUAUGGUGGGAUAUGUGCUCCCGAACGGGACUGAGGUUAUAUACUAA